UGCCUGUGUUUGUGUGUGCAGGGUGGCCACAAUGAUCUGGGAUCUUUCUUUCUCCGCCUCCCAGAGAAAGAGCGAGAGCGAGAGAGAGCCGUCACACACAACGAGGAGCUGGGACAAGAGACAGAACAGAGGAGAGCUGUCAAGCUGUGAGGAAGCAGCAAAGAGACGACUUAGUUUUUUCUGGGAAUAUAUUUUCCCCGCCAUCUCUUAAACAACCGCACACACUUAAAAAAAUAUAAACCUGCAAACACACAUAUAGUGAAGUGUGUGUGUGAGUGCUGCUGUUAACUCCUUACAAGGAGCGGUGAAUUAUUUUAAGGAUCUGGACUCACUCAAGCCUGACACACUUGGACUGUAAGAGUGUUUGGAUUCAGCAUCUUUGUGACUUGAACUUAGCCUAAUUAGAUUGAGUGUGUAUCCCUGUGUGUGUGUUGGGAUUCAGCACUUCACCUGAAAGCCUGAAUGAGAUUUUGACUGAAGCAGUUUUUGCACUUGUGAGUUACCUGAAUUUGUAGGAUUGGACUCGCCCUCGGACUUUCAGUGUUUGUUUAUGUGUGUGAGGAGGAGGAUGUGCUGGCCGGUGACGGUGGUCCUGCUAGCCCACCUUGGGGCCACCAUGACGGGAGCAUGGAGAGCAUCUCAACCAAGACUUCAGUUCACACACUCUGAGCUGAUCCAGAAUGGCCGUCUGCUGACGCUCCCCCUAGCGGCUGGAGACCUGCACUCUCUGCUGCCGGAUGAAGACGGGAGGCAUCUGUAUGUGGCCAUGAAAGAUAACCUGCUGUCUACCAGUCUGGAUGACAUAACACAGAACCCACGCAAGCUGUACUGGCCAGCAAGUCCAGAUCGUGUCCAAGAGUGUCUCAUGGCUGGGAAAGAUCCAGAGUCGGAGUGUGCUAACUUCCUGAGAGUCCUGCAGCCUUUUAAUCACACACAUUUGUACAUGUGUGGCACCGGGGCCUUCAACCCCCGCUGUGCUUUCAUAGCGACUAGUGUCUUCCAGCAGUCAGAGCACCAGACACUUUCCUACAGCCAGACAGAAUGUGGGAAGGGGAAAUGUCCUUAUGAUCCAUUCCAGAAAACAGCUUCCGCUGUUGUUGAUGAAGAGUUGUACGCUGGGAUCACCUCAGACUUUAUGAGCCGGGACGCCGCCUUCUUCCGCAGUCUCGGCAGUCGUCACGUCAUCCGCACCGAGCAAUAUGACUCUACCUGGCUCCAGGAUGCCCAGUUUGUACGGGUAGCGCCGCUGUCUGAAACUGAUAACUCAGAAGAUGAUAAAGUCUAUGUGUUCUUCACUGAGCGUGCUCAGGAGGCAGAAGGGGCUGCUGGGAAAGUGCUUUACACUAGGGUGGCACGUGUGUGCAAGAAUGACAUCGGAGGCCAGAGGAGUUUAGUCAAUAAGUGGAGUACCUUCCAGAAGGCUCGCAUGGUAUGUUCAGUCCCAGGACCAGAUGGCCUACAGACACUAUUUGACCAGCUGCGUGAAGAGUCAUGCUAUGAGGUUUUGGAGCUGGAGACAGACAGCUGGGCUCAGUAUCAUGACACCAGAGCUGAGGAUGUCGUUCGGGCUUUCAAGGGAAAUUUCUUGCACAAAGAGGGGCCUCAGUAUAAGUGGGCAGAAUUUACAGGCAAGGUGCCCUACCCACGACCAGGGACUUGUCCUAGCAGUACAUAUGGAAGCUACAGCUCGACCAGAGAGUAUCCUGACGAUGUCAUCUUCUUCAGUAGGACUCACCCACUGUUGCAGGAGAAUGUGCUGCCGCUGGGAGAGCGCCCCCUGUUGGUCAGAGUGGGUGUUAACUACAAGUUCAGCAAACUGCUAGUGGACAGAGUGGAGGCUGUGGACGGCACCUAUGAUGUCCUGUUCAUUGGCACAGACUCUGGUCUGGUGUUGAAGGCCAUUCAUUUGCCCAGAGAACAUGGUCAGAGUCAGGAGGUCACUUUGGAGCAGCUGCAGGUUUUUCAGCACAAAUCACCUGUGACAGCCAUGGCACUCUCAAAGAAAAAGUGGUUGUUUGUGGGCUCCAGGGAGGGUGUGUCCCAGCUGGCCCUGUACCAGUGCGAGCUCUACGGGCAGGCCUGCGCUGAGUGUUGCCUGGCCAGAGAUCCCUAUUGCACCUGGGAUGGACAUGCCUGCAGCCCCUUCAUGCCCACCGUGCGCAGGAGGAAUGCUCGUCAUUUAGGGGAGGAUGAAGAUCCGCUAACUCAGUGUGUCAGACAAGGAGCCGGGCUGCAGGUGGAAGCGGAACAAAGGGUGAUGAUGGUUGCCGAAGGUAACAGCACCUACCUGGAGUGCCUGCCUCGAUCCAGGCAUGCUGCUGUUACCUGGUACAAACAGGCUGGAGAGAACAGUCCUGAACUAAACCAGGUGGUAACUGGUGACCAGCUGGUGGUGAUCGAGCGGGGUGUAUUAAUUCGUCAGGCUGAGCUGUCUCAUGGUGGUGUCUACCACUGCCAGGUAGAAGAGCAUGGCUACCACUGGACCGCCGUCACAGUACGCCUAGCUGUUUGGAGCCCCUCAGUGAGUCGUGUCCUUGCCUCCUGGUCCGGCUCGUCCUAUCAAAGUGCAGGAACCCAGCCCUGGUACGAGGACGUGAUGGCGUUGAUUCACCCGGGAAACCUCGGCCAGCACUGCAGGGCUCUGGGAUACCGACCCCCGCGCAACCACAAUCGCCAUGGUGACAUUAGGGUGGAGCUAAACAAGGAGAAAGGCAGAGGCGAGAGGCACAAGCAAGGGGGAGGAAGAGGAGGAGGAGGGGGAAGAGGCCGAGCAGCAGGGAGGAAGAGCAGGAGCAAGCCGCAGCAGAGGGCACCUAGGAGCGUUUGAAUGUGCCUCAAAGCGAGAGGGCAGAUUAUCAUGACCUAAACACACACAUUUCUGUAAAGAUACGCACAAACGCACAUACAAACUCACACUUAAUUUAUACACUGAGACACACACAUACUAUAUGUACAGAGACUAUGACAUGUGCAUGCACCUAUUUACAAAUAAAAACAGCAUUCUUUCAUCAUAGUGACAAACUAAGCUGCUCACACAGAACUGAAGCAUGUACAGGAGGAUGUGAACAGAUGGUUUCACCUGGAUAAAUGACUUUGUGUAUAGCAGAAUACCUUAGGUUACAGAGCAUGUUGAAAGAAGGAUGAACAACGUGUCCAGUCACUCCUUUUGACUGACUCUAACAUGACAAGAACAUUUGAGAGAUGCUGUAAAUCUGGAUCCUUGUUUCAAAAGAAGAUACUCAGCAUUUAAAAAAACAUUCUGAAAUGAUUACUGACCAUACUGGUAGUUUGACGCCAUUAAUUACAAAUCACAUUUAUGAUUAUUCUCCUAAACAGAGCAGAUGCUGUAGAUUGAUUUCCUGCCUUCCAGGCAGAUGUCGGUUUCCAUUAAAAUCAUCAUGUGGAAACCUGAAAAAUGGCAUAUGCAAGAUUGCAAUUUGCAAGCAGCAUUUUCCAAACUUUCCUUUGUCUUGUGUUCACAUUCCCAGAGUAUCUCGGAAGUGAACAACAAAUGCUCAAAAGUUUUUGACUGACAUUGCUAUGGUGUGCCAAAGUGAAGCGUAACGAGAUGGACAGGCACACAUUGUUAAAAAGGAUUUGGUUGUUCAGCUAUCAAAUCUCAGAUGUAACAGCUGUAAACAAAAAAGAAAGGUACUGACAUGUUUUCUGUGAUGGCGUACCCAUCGAUCCAAAAACAUUUGCUCUGGAAAAUAAUCUGCAGUGAUUGAUAAUUAAAGGGCUAAAACAUUAAAAUAACAAGUUAUCAGGGUAAACAGCAGCAACUUGCAGUAACUAUACUGCAAGCACUGAUGUGUUUUAUACAUUUUCCCCAAAUGGAUACAAAACAUUCUGGGACGGAAUGCUUCAAACCAUUUGCGUACAGUGGCUGUGGUUUCUUCAGAUAGGUGGGGUCUGACCACGAGAGGAACGGCUGUGGCCACAAAGAUGAAAGGCAAUGAAAGCACAAUGGUGGUUUUGAUGAGGUUACAUAUUUACUUUCCCAGGACACGGGUACAGACACAUAACAGGAGGUUUUUCCAUUAUGUUCUACUCAACAUUUGGCUCAGUGAUGUUAGGUGGUGAGCUUCACAGGCAUAGCUGACGUUGAUUUGAUGCCACGCAGCAGAGAGUUGUUUAUUAUGGGGGGGUUACAUGAUUGCAAUGCACAGCCACAUUUAUUUAUACAUAGGACAACAGUAAUGUCUGCACAACAACUCCAGUUUUGUGGCGCAUCUUUAAAUGUUCAUUUUUUGCUAAAUAAGCUUGUGGAAAGAAAUGGUGUUGCUGCUAUUAGAUGAGACACGAUCAAGCCUUUACAGUAAUUACAAAAAACUUUAAAUUCCUUUUUGACGUUCAUAAAUGAAUGUGUUUUCAGUAGUUUUAAUGAGGAGUCUGGGGGCUGUUAUCAGGAUCAGUGCUACCAGACAAAACCCAGAGGCAAUUUUUAAUUGAUAGUAUUAAAAUCAUGUGUCUACUGUAGCAAAAAAAAAAACCCAAAAAACAACUGAAUAAUCGUGUUUCUGUAUCUUAUUGGACUGAAGAGUUUUUACUAUAACUUUGGUCGUGACAGGUUACAUCCUGAAUAUGUAAAAUUACUCUUCAGUAAUGUUUGAUGCAACAUGGACACAUUUCGAAGAGGACCAGACCAUGAACCGCACUUCCAUGAGACUGUACAGAACAUGCAUGUGUCUCAAACUGUGGCUCAGGACCCAAAAAUGGGCCAACAAAAAAGUUGAGAACUAUAUUGCUGGUCUUGACUGUAAAUUAUUAUAUGGAGCAGGCUGUAUAAAGAAGGUUUUAUUAUACAAAGUAAGAACUUGAGAAAGUGCUGAACUGGCGUUGUGAACUCUGUGGGAUUCGAGCAACUUCAGUGACUUUGAGCAGUAAGAAGUAAAUUGUUAAUGUAAAUAUUAAAAUGUUAAACCAUGGCAACUUAUUCCACCUCUGUUUAAGUGGUAUUUAUUUGUUUAACCUGGAGUGAAAGUGCUUGUUUUGGAGGUUGUUGGGUCAGGUUUUUGGGAAACACUUUUCACCGGGUCACAAACAAGACACUUAUUUAACACAUAGGCUAAAUAUGUUUGUUAUGCAUGUACUGUAUAUUUGUGUGCCUACACAUACAAGUCUGCAUGGUACUCUUCUGUAUUUAUUUUUAGUUUUGCAAGAUUUCCAAUUGUUACCAUCUGCCUCUGUUGAUGCACCUUCCCACUCCCACCUGUGGAAAGUUUGAUUUUUGGUUGUUGUUUGGAGACUCUCACUCAUCCUACAAACAUUUAAAGGUAAAAGCUGCAGAAACUAAAUUUUUUCUCUUUGUGUGAUAGUGUUUAUUGUUUUCCAGAACAAAGGAUAAAAACCAAAUGCUCAACAGUGAUAGUGCUCUUGUUUACAAGUCAGAUUCCAUUAGGGAUGAAAAGGAGAAUGAAGGAGGAGGAAACCGCAUUAAAUUGUAACUUUUGUUUGUGUGGUGUAUUGGAAGAAGAUGCCGUUAUUGUGCAUGCAUUAAGUCCAGUGACAGCAGCCUCUCAUAUUUUCAUAUAUUUAAUCCCAUGAUGAUGAUGCUGAGCACACAAUCCCACCUACAGAAUAUCUAUUGGUGGGUCUUGCAGGAUCCCAGUCCUCCUGCCUUUGCAUGUUUUUGUAUGUGUGUGGUAGAGCAUGUGUCUGUGUGUUUGACAUCAGAGUGAGCACAGCUGAAACAAAGGUUCAAAGGCCAGGCCAGUUAAUCUGCUAAAUGAGGAACUGAGCAAUGGUUCAGAUACACUUUUGAUGCCAUAAGCAAAAUAAACCAGCAGGGAGAGUCUGCAAAAGAUUAACAUGGGCUUGGCUUUUUGGUUUCUUGGCUUUGGCCACAUGAAAGAGUGAACCAGGGCAGAGCUACUUCUGAAAGUGUGUGUUUUAGUAAAGAGAAAGAAGAGUUUAUAGGGAGUGUGUGACUGUUGAAAUAAAAUUAAAUGAAAUGUGUAAGAUACAACAAGCUAAGGCCACAUUUCAAAAAUUAAAGGGUGUGUGAGUGAGUGAGGCCAGCAGCUUAAUCCAAAUGAAGUCAGCGUUUGGCCUGUACUCAGACUGCUCUCAUAUGCCAUUAAAGACAAACACAUGUAGUCAGACUGCAGGUGUGUUUAAUGGUGUUAACACAGCAGAUGAAGCCUAACCCUGAGUCAGUGUGCAAGUGCACAAAACAAGUCUGCACUUAGACCAGGGUUUUGAUUCCAUUCUUAAAUGGGUAUCCAUGAUUGCAGUAUCCUCAAAAUGCUAAGUAUACACUUACUCUGUAAAUUAGUUGCAUAGAGAAUCAAAGCCCUUCUCCUAACUAGCUUCUGCUGCACACAAGAAUCUUCUCAUAGCAUUUUGUCAGAUGAGAUGAAAUAUGAUACUAGGGAUGUCUGCCCAUAUUUUAAGAUUAAUAGUUAAGGUCUGAAGUAGUUACUGUACUAUCCAGUAGGGUGAUGAAUACUAGCCUAAAGGAUUAGAAAUACAUUUAUUUGCUUCCUUGCUGAGUUUAGGUAGACUGAUACCCCUCUCAUGUAUGUACAGUAUGAAGCUAAUGCCAGCAGCCAGUUUGCUUGGCCUGUCGGACUAUUCCUUUAAAGUGGACAUUAAAACCCCAGGGACACAACUUUUCAGAAAGACAUAUAAAGAAUGUUUAGCCAUAAUGUUAUAGAGUUGUAAAGGCUACCUAGGAGAAGUGGUGCAAUGUUGGCCCUAUAUGUGUGUCCCAAAGCCAAUCAUAUGAUACUGCUGAAUCGCCUUUUUUGUCUUUCUUUUUUUUUUUUGGCAACAUUGUGUUGGAAAAAAUGCAGGCUCUGUAAAUAAACUGACAAUUUGUACUAGCCAGAGCGCACACCCUCCAGCAAACAAAUCCCAGUGUGACACUUGUUUAAGGUACCAAACAUCCAACCUAUGUGAGAAAAUGCAAAUGUGGACUUAAUUUGGAGCAUCUUAUUUAGUCUCUGCUCUCACACAAGUACGCAUCAGACCCAAGAAUCUUAAAAAAGAUAUGAAAACAACCGAGCUUGUAUGGACUCCGACUUGCAGAUAUAGUGUAUAUUUGAUGAGAUCCAAACAACACACGAGUAGGAGGCAGAACUCUUAAAAGGCAUUUUUAUGGUGGACAAUUUUAAACAUUUAGUGUUUCCCUCAAAUACGUUGUGCAGAGCCACCUCAUGUGUGUCAGUCUGUUAUGCCGUAUUUACAUCUCAGUGCCAAUAUUUGUCUCUUGUGAUUUUUCGGAACUACUUCUUUGUAAACAAAAUGAAACUGUCAUCAAGUGAUCUAAUCUCAUGUGAGGAGACUUUUGUUUUUCUUUUUGUAAAUAUGUAUAAAUGUCUGCUUACAAGUGAA